AUGUGCAUUAUAUAUGUGUACCAAUGAACACCAACCUGAUGUCUAAGAGGAACUCUGUAAAAUCACUGUCAAGACACUUGUCGGUUACAGGAAAUGACAUAAAACCCAGAGUUCUUCCUUCAAUGCACAUUCUCUCAGAGACCGAGUCAGAGGUGAGACCAGAGCUGCAACAUGUGUUGUUCCUGCUCUAUUAGAGGCUGGCUGAUUUUCUUCACAAUCCUACAAGUGAUUGGUGGCAUGAGUUUCAUUGUCACCCCUUGGAAGUAUUACAGGAGCAGAGAAAAUGACCUAGAUGAACGCCUGUCUCCUGUCAGAUGGACUAUCUUCACAGCAGGUGUGGUCUCCUUUCUCCUUGGCAUCACGGGUCUGCAUGGAGCUCGUAAGAAGAACAAGAACUUCCUGAUCACGUAUUCAGUUGGAUCUUGUCUGCGAUGCUUUGGACUGGGGUUUCUGACCUACUACCUUCCACCACAGCUUCCAAAUAUGAUCAAAGCCUGGUAUGAAGGGUACAUCCCGUUGCACACAAAUGGAAGAGAUGUGGUACCAGGACUGAUGCAACUGCAAAUCAUUGGUGAAUGCUGUGGAUUGUUCCAUGGGUAUAAAGAUUGGGGUUCUCCUGUCCCCUCCUCGUGUACAUGCUAUCCUCUCCGACAAGGGUCCUGUGUUUUUACUGAGCAUGGCUUUGUUUACAAACAACCUUGUAUGGAUCUAAUUGUGAAGAUUUACAUGGACAUGAAUAUUGUGAGGAACACCUGUAUUUUCUACGUGGUCGUUACGGCCAUUGUAAUGCUUCUGGCGUUGGUAAUGACCCGUAGAAUCCAAGAAGCCUCCUCGACUGAGGUGACCAUGGAUCUUAGCUAUAGAAACGCACCCAACAUGGAAAUGGCAACUACUCCUCAAGCUCCUCCCAUGCUGCCUGCCAUACAAGCUCCUCCCAUGCUGCCUGCCACACAAGCUCAUCCCAUGCUGUCUUCAACACAAGCUCCUCUUCAUGCCAGCUCUUAUUACCAGCCACCUCCUCCGUACCAGUACGAUGGGAAACACUAGAGGGACGUGACUGACCUGCGAACCCAUGUUGAAUUUCCUCAUUGGUUACAACUGGACCAGGGUUGGGUUUAAGGCUAGGGUUAAAGUUAGGGUUGGGGUUAAGGUUAGGGUUGAGGUUGGGGUCAGUUUUAACGUUUGCCUUCAUUGGACUGCCAAUGUGUUGCACCCCAAUAUGCCUUAGUAAAGGCUGAGCACACAGGUCUUCCUCGGUACCAAUUUGUUUGUGGUGUUCUGGAAGUAACGUGGCCGAGGGAAGGGGCCCAUUUCAUUGUCAAACAAUCACCCACGUGAAUCACCCGUUUUCCUGUCUGGUAACUCCUCUAACAUCAAAUAAACUCCUUUUCUAAAGUUGUAAA